UUUAAAAUGGCGGUGUUGCAUUUAGUUGGGUUAUAAAUAAAUGAAGUUAUUUUAGAUAAUUCAUGAGUAUAAUUUGCUAGAAAUAUUGCAGUGCUUUUUAAUUUAGUCCUAUAUUCUAGUUUAUAAAGCUUAAAUACAUAAGAAUGCUGGUUAUCAACUGAUUGGAUUGUAAACUUGUUCAGUGCAUAGCUUGCAAGCUCCAAAUCAGCGAGUAAAGCCGAGAUUGAUAUUAUACACGUUAACAUAAUUUUGUCAUGUUACAUAAAAUAUAUUGUCCUUUACUGAAAUGUCUGUGCACUAUAAAUUUAAAAGCGCAUUGGAUUAUGAUACUGUCACAUUCGAUGGACUCCAUAUUUCUGUAGGUGAUUUAAAAGCUGCUAUUUCGCAGCAGAAGCGGAUAGGGAAGACUUCUGAUUUUGAUCUUCAAAUAACAAAUGCGCAAACAAAAGAAGUGUAUGUAGAUGACAACACAUUGAUACCAAAAAACACUUCACUACUAGUUGCACGAGUGCCACUUUCGCAGCAACCAAAGAAACAGUGGGAGGGCUCAAGUAAUAGUCAGUCAGUCCAUAAAGAUGUUACCGUUAACAAAGGAUUGGCUGAUCUUUCUCGCAUGGAAGGUAGCGAGCAGGAUAAAAUAAAUGCUAUGAUAUCACAGUCCACAUUUGAUUACGAUCCUAGCAACUAUCAAAAAAUUAGAGGACAGAAUCAAAGAGGAAUUGUUCCUUCUAAUUACAUUUGUUAUAAGUGUCAAAAGCGUGGACAUUGGAUAAAAGAUUGUCCAAUUGCAAAUUCAGGUGAUCCAAUAGAGAUAAGAAGAAGUACUGGUAUACCUCGUAGUUUUAUGGUACCAGUUGAUGGUCCAAAAGCACCAGGAGCCAUGAUGACACCAAGCGGUACCUUUGCUGUUCCAGCAGUUGACCAUGAAGCCUACUUGGCUUCAGAAAGUGCUGGCGGAGCGGACACGCCUACAAACGCGCCGGUUGCUCCGGAGCCUACAAUCCCUGAUGAAUUGAUAUGUAGCCUGUGUCGAGAUUUACUUACUGAUGCUGUGAUGAUCCCCUGUUGCGGAAAUUCAUUUUGUGAUGAAUGUAUAAGAGGAGCUUUAUUGGAGUCAGAGGACCAUGAAUGUCCAGAUUGUCGCGAGAAAGAAAUAGCACCAACAACUCUUAUACCAAACCGGUUUCUUCGAAACUCUGUAUCAGCAUUCCGGAAUCAGACUGGAUAUAGUCGUCGAGCUCCGCACAGGCCAUCCGCAGGCCCUCCAAUUAUGGAACCUCCACCUGCUGGGCUGGUUCUACCUAUGAAUGGGCCUGUUCAGGCAGGACCAUCAAAUAAUGAUGCGGGUGGUCGCGACAGUCGCGAGGGCCGCGGCGGCAGGGGGGACGACUCGGACGGCUCGGCCGACGACAACAUCACCGUCACCGUGCCCCCGGCGCACUCGCACCAAGCGCCGCACGGGCCGCACGGACACUACGGCCAUCCGCCGUCCCACGGCCCGCACGGCUCCCACGGCCCUCCGCCGCACCACCGCGACAGACGCGCGAGCUUGCAUCGUGCGCUGCGCUACGGUCCUCCGCCUGGGUUAAAGCCACCUGGAUUGGACACACCUCCCAUUAAUAUACCGAGAAUAGAAGAACAACGCGCGAGCACACCAACCAUAGAUGAACGCAGGGAUCCCAUGUCAUCCCAGGUGAUGUUCAGUCGCGGGCCGCCACCAUUUAUGCCGCGCUUGCCGCCACCCUCUCAUUAUAACAAUCCGCCUUACGGCCGACCAGGCGCACCCUACGUUGACCGAUAUGUACGCGAGCCCUUCCAACCGCCACCGCCUGGUAUCAAGGAUUCCCCCACUGGGCAAGAGGACCCGUUGGAGGCUUUUAAUAGAAUGAUUCGCGAGAAAGAGAUGAGGGCCAAGAGGCGUGAAGAGGAACGCAGACGAGCGAACUCUGGAUCGCGUAGUCCGUCUCGUUCGCGCACGCCCCGUUCGCCGCGCUCGCAGCGUUCGCCGCGAUCGCCGCGUUCACCACCCCGCUCGCAGCCCCGCUCGCAGCCCCGUUCGCCACCACGCUCUCAGCCGCGCUCGCAACCACGCUCGCCUCGCGGUGCACGCCCCCGCAGUCGCGCUUCCAGCAGAAUUCGAUAUUCUCGAUCGCGGUCUAUGUCCCGCGGUCGCCCGCGCCGUUCGCCGUGGUCUCCCCGCCGACGCCGGACGCGCGAGCGUACUCUCUCGCUCACUCGAUCUCCAUCCCCGCGUCGGCGGCAUCGCUCGCCGCUCCGUUACCGUACGCCGUUGCGUUCACCGAUGCGUUCACCGAUGCGCUCACCGUUGCGCUCGCCCUUGCGCUCACCGCUGCGCCCGCUGCCGCCGCACUCCCCCGCGAGAUCUCCGCGUCGCUCGGCAAUACGGUCGCCGCCACGCGCCACGUCACCACACAGAUUUGCCGGACUAUAUGAUGAACUUUUGUCGCCACCGCGUCGUAGUGUAGAGCCACCAUUUGGAGCCAGGUAUGGAUCAAGACACAACGGUCCGCCGCCCGGAUACCCUCCUCCUCUCAUCGGAAAACCUAUUCCUCCUCUUAUGGGAAAUAUUACACAAAACGAUCCACCGCCGGGAUAUCGAGGACGUUAUGAUCCUCCGCCCUUUGAAGAUAUUCCCCCUGGUGUAGAUCCACCGGUUCCUGGAUUUGAACCGUCUCCAUUUGAAAAACCUGCUUUUGGUCCAUCGGGAGUACUAGAUCGUGAUAGGUUGCCACCGCCUAAUUAUAGGGAUCCCUACCGAGCUCCAUUUGUUGAAGGACCACCUGGUUAUAGGGAUGCACCAGGGCUGCCAGCGGUUCAAGGCGAUAUACCUGUUCAUGUAGGGGACCAGCCACAACGAUUCAGAGAUAAUUUUAGACCGCCUGGACACUUUCGUGAUCAACCUGUAUCUUAUAGAGAUGGACAGCCUUAUAGGGAUCCUUCAGUACAAGCUCCAUAUCGUGACGGCAAUUUUAGAAACGGACAACAACAACUAUUUCGCGAUAGUAAUUUUAGAAAUAAUCCAUAUAGAGAAGGCAACUUUCGUGAAAACUUACCCCAAAAUUUCCGCGAUGGUCCUUCGUUUAGGCCUCCGAGUGCUGAUUCCAGAGAUCCCGCUUCUACGGUUCCUUAUCACGAUUCUAACUAUAGGGAUGGGUUCAGGGAUGAAAAUAACGUCAACAGAGACAUGCGGACCAGCUAUCGCACAAGUGUACGUACUAGAUCUGGUCCUAGACGUAAUCCUAAUUCUGAACAUGAAAGACAUAGGGACAAAGAUGGCAGAGAAAGAGACCGUGUAAAUGAAAAUCGUGAACCAACUGAUAGAGCAGAACGACCUCGUGAAGUUGAUAAAAGAUCAGGCUAUGAUAAAAAUCGAGAACCUCGGGACGAUCGAUUGCGUGAAUAUGAUAGGAAUCGUGAUUAUGAAAGGGAUCGUGGACAUGAUAAAUCUUCACCAGAAAAGAAAACGCGCAUGUCCCCUAAGCGGGGAAGAGAAGGUCGUGAACGGAAACAUAGUGAACCAAGAGGUAAAUCUCGUGAUCAUGAUAGUAGAAGGGAAAAGAAAGAAGAAAGAGUUCGGGAUAAAUCUUCUGCAGACAGGGGUAAAGAUCAUAAGGACAAGGAAAAGAAAAUGAAGGAAAGGAAAAAGAAAAAGAGGGAGAAAGAAAAAGAAUUAGAAAAGAAAAAAAAACGUGACAAAAAAGAGAAGAAGGAAAAAGAUGUUUCUAAAAAAGAUGAUAAUAAUCCAGAUAAACCUGGUACUCUACAAGUAACUCAACAGGAGAAUAUUGGAGUUACCAAACAACAGGUGGUUAUUAAAACUGAGCCAUUAGAAAACAAAAACCCUACAAAGGAGCAUAUGCCAUCAGGAAACUCGGCAGAACUCAAAGAUGUAUUGUACGGCGAUGAGACCGCCGGGGCUGUUGAUAAACAAAUCAUAGAAAAUUAUAUCAAAGCUGAAGAAAAAGGCGAAGACAAUGAAAAAAAUGAAAGUAAAAUUCCAGAUAGUAAUGUUAAGGAGGAACCUUUUGAUGGCAUAGAACUUCAAGUUCCAGUGGAUGAGUUGGAAGCAGAUAUAGAAGUGACUAAUAACAGUAAUAAUAAGGAAAUGUUAGCACCGUUACCCGUUUUGUCAAAAUGGGAGGUUGAUGACGAUAAUAUAGAAAAGUCUAAGGAACCGGGAGAGAUCACAUCCCCUGAAGAAGAAGAAGAUGGAGGAAAAGUUACAUCAGAAGUUUUGAAACGUGCUGAAAAUGCUAUUUUUGCUAAAGCUAUUAAUUCUUUACGGCCCAUCGAAAUUAAAAAGAUAAGUAGUGAUCGUCUAAAAUUGUAUGGUGAUGAUGCACAAUCAAAGAAUUCAUUAAGUAAUAUUCAAAUAACUGUUCCUGUUUCAGAACAGGAACAGAGACCUAUUGAAGCAAACGAAAAAAAGAAACGUUACUCUAAAACUCCUCCUCCACGGCUUUCAGUUAAAGAAAGAUUAGGAGGUAAAGUUGAUGAUGUUCGUCGGACAAGAGAGCCCCGUGUUGUCCACAGUACAGUGGAGCGAGUGAAAUCAAGAUCAAAAACUCCAAAGCGUGAACAGAUGCAAUAUCGUCGAGUAACGGUCGAAAGAGAGCGAAGUCGGAAACCUGAUAGUAGAGUUGAAAUAUCAAAAUCAGAAAAAAGAGUAGCUACUGAGACCAUGAAAUCUGAUCAUGGCUACCAAGGUAAUAACCACAGCGAGUUUAAAAAAAGAGAUUUAGGAAGAUCGAAGGAUGAAAAAAAGUUACCAAAUGAAGUACGGGUGGGAUCAAGUUCUCGGAAUCCAGAUAAAAAUGCUAUACCUAAUCUUAAAGAGACUCAGGAACGCGAGAGAAAAAAGUCUACCCUCGAUGAAGCACACUUUGAGCCUGAUUACGACGAAAAUGUUGAAUCUGAUAACGAACCAAAAGAAGAGAUAAAUAAAAAACGUGAACGAUCACGUGAACCUUCUCCGACUGGAGUUAGUGAAUCAAAGAAAGCCAAGUAUGAUAGUGAGACAAUUAAGUUAGAUCUGACAAAUGUUAAAAAGAAACCAGACUCUGAUAGUGAAUCUACAACUGAUUCCGAAUUUUCAACGUCAUCUUCUUCAUCUGAUGCUCGCAAGCGCAAAAAGAAAAAGAAACGCAGCAAGAAAAAGAAAAAACGCGCCGCUAGUGACAGCGAUAGUGACUCAGAGUCCAGUUCCGAUGAUCACAAGAAGAAGAAAAAGAAGCGUAAGCAUAAGAAAAAGUCUAGCAAGAAGAAAAAGAAGUCGAAACACAAGUAGAUUGCUUAAAACAUACUAUAAUAUUAUAAUCUUUAUUAAAUAAGUUUGUGUUUUGAAGGUCACUGUGUAAGUUUUACAUAGAGAUACAUACUACUAAAUAGAAAUGUUAACAACCUAAGUUUUUAGGUAAAAUGGUUUAUUGUACUACAAUUUGUCUUAUUAUAGUCAGUUAUUUACCUAAUAAAUUAUAAGUA